CAAGUCUACUGCGCAUAUACAACAAAACAAGAAGCGUGAGUGUGUGCUAAAAGUGUGCUAAAAUUUCAGUAAACAUUUACUUAAAAUGCCACCAAAGGGCAAGGGAGGCAAGGGUACGAAAGUAGGAGCGUCAGGAAGUGCAGAAACUGAGAAGAAGGAGAAGGCACCGAAAGGAGGCACUGCUGUAAAGGUUCGCCACAUCCUCUGCGAAAAACAUGGGAAAUGCAUGGAGGCAAUGGAGAAACUGAAGGCGGGAGUUCGUUUCAGCGAAGUCGCAUCACAAUACAGUGAAGACAAAGCAAGACAAGGAGGUGAUCUGGGUUGGAUGACUCGAGGAUCCAUGGUUGGACCUUUCCAAGAGGCUGCUUUCAACUUGACCAUCUCUUCCAUGGAUAAACCUGUUUACACAGACCCCCCUGUAAAGACCAAAUUUGGUUACCACAUCAUUAUGGUGGAGGGGAAAAAGUAAUGAGGAGCAACAUUAAAUUGGGACGUUCAAUUUCACAUUGUGCUCUAUUGUGAAUGUGAUUAUUUCAGUGUUGCUCUGUUGAUGCAAUGUUUGUAAAAAGGAAAUAAAAUAAAUAAAAUGUCUUAGUUAAUUGUA